AGUUAACGUGGUUUUCUCCACGUCCGCCAUUUUAUGUCGCCAACUUCGGUGUGUUGAUAAGCUGGCGACUCAUUAAACGAGUAUUUUGUAUAAAUCUGCCUUCAAUCUUAUCGUUAGCAAGUACCAGAAACUACCAAACACCACUGAAGAAGGUUGCGAGAAACUUUGGUCUACGUUCCACAGAGGCUUUAAGAUGGGCGGACUUCAGUCCCUGUUCCAGAAGCUGUUUGGCAAGAAGGAGAUGAGAAUAUUAAUGGUUGGCCUGGAUGCUGCUGGAAAGACCACCAUCCUGUACAAGUUGAAACUAGGAGAAAUUGUCACAACCAUCCCAACAAUAGGUUUCAAUGUUGAGACUGUGGAAUAUAAGAACAUCAGCUUCACAGUGUGGGAUGUUGGAGGUCAGGACAAGAUCCGACCUUUGUGGAGACACUACUUCCAGAACACUCAAGGCUUGAUCUUCGUAGUCGACAGUAACGACAGGGAGAGACUUCAGGAAGCUAAAGACGAGCUCAACAGGAUGUUGAACGAAGAUGAGCUGAGGGAAGCAGUGCUGCUUGUGUUUGCCAAUAAACAGGAUUUGCCAAAUGCCAUAAACGUGGCUGAAAUGACAGAGAAGCUCGAGCUUACAUCAAAGAGUAAUCGCCAAUGGUAUAUCCAGAACACGUGUGCCACAUCUGGCGAUGGGCUCUACGAAGGCCUCGACUGGCUGUCAGCAAGGUUGCAGAAGUGAUUAAACGGACCAUCAUCGCAAGUUGUAUAGUAUAUCAUGCAGACUCGUACACAUUCUUCAGUCUUCCCUUGCACGGGUCUACCAUCACCUGCCAGUACAUGUUGUACAUUGACUGCACAUAUUGGGAAGUAGUUCUUGUAAUGUUGGUGAUGACUGCAGACUUUGUGUGUGUCUGGUGUAAUAAAAUCCAUAUCCACUUGGAGACAGGGGUAUCCCUUCAAUGUGGUCCAUGUAUACAAAUUCCUUUGGUCCUGACGUGAGAGAGUGAAGGACAAACUUGCGACAACCCAGAACAUAGUGCAUCUGUGAAUUCUUCAAGCAAAUAAGCAAAUCUUCAAUUUUAAAAUACAAUCACCGAUGAAUAUUGGUUUGUUUCAGGCUAUCCAUUUCUGAUUGUGAUUCUCAAAAUUUACUUUCAUGAUGUUUUACCAAAAUACAUUCCAAAUUUUAUAUAUAUAUAUACAGCACAAGCAUAAAUUUUUUUUUCCAUACCUCAGGUUGUAUUUUACACAGAAAUUGAAAGUUAUCGAAGGUCUUUUCGUGUUUAUGACAAGAGGAGACGAGGUCACACACUCUGUGUGGCUUACGACAAAUAUUCUUUCCACCGUGUGUGAUAUGUGUUUCUUGUAGUUGUUAAUAUGUGAUGUUUGUGUGAAUGUUAGAUGGAAAGAGUCCAACUUUCUAUGCAUGUCCCAUGUGUUACCUUGGUCAGCUCUUACGAAGCUUGUCAUCGAGGGACACACCGUUUUCAUGAGUAUUAAAAGAGUUAACUUUAACGAUCAUUGAAGAAGAAAUCACAAAGUGUUAAUUAUUCUGUUUUCAGAAAUAAUCAGAAAUAUCUGUAUCAGAUCAUUGAAUGGGAUAAGUAUGUCCCUCAGAAUAAGUGUUUACGAUAAUCAUGUCAGUUUUUUUAUGGAAUAUUUGGACUAUCUAGACUUAUGCCUCUGUUUCUAACAAAUACCAGGUGUAUUCUAUUUCAUACGGUUUUGUUGGACAAUGUCAAAGAUUUUGAAAUACUUGUGUAUAUGUAAGCCCCUUACUUCUUAAGUUUCACUAUUUCCUUAGAUGGUGUCUUAGUGUCAUAAAAACAGUCCUUGUGGAGCAAAGGAGAAUACCUAUUAUUGAGUUCGCUGCAUUUUCUAAACAUUGUGCGGUGACCUUAUGCGAAGAUGUUCUUUGUGCUGUCACAAGUUACACUUUAAGCAUCACCUUCAUCUAAGGAGUGACCUUGUCUGCGACAAGAUAAUCACAUUCCUUUAAAAUGGUUUUGUUGAUUUCAUUGUAUUAUUUUAGACAAUUUUGUGAUGGAAAAAUUUAUUUAUUCAUGGUUCCUGUCAGUAUUUGCUAUCAGUAGUGAGUGUUGUAAAGACUGGUUUAAUCUUUUCAUUGUGAUCAUCGUGAUCAUUGUGGCAGUCAGUUCCUGCUUCCUUGAUGGUAUGCGACAGGACUCAAGAGCCACUGAUGCUGUGAAACAAUAAUCUGGAAAAUAUAUUGUCAUGAUCAAUAUUGAAUUGUUCGUCUUUGUGAAGAAUUCAAUAUUUGUUUGUCGACCUUGUCAUUUUUUAUGAAAAAUUCUAAAUAGCCAUGUCGGUUUAAUAUUUUCUGUGACUAAAUCAUAAUGGAUCUCCAUAUUCUGUGAGUUGCCACCUUCCACUUUUCUUAUUUUAUCACAUCCCUGAACGUAUAGUUCAUGCUUGAAGAGUAUUUUUAAAUUGGGUUUCAAUUCUUUUUGUAAAUUCUUUUGUUACCUGGUUGCCAAAUGAUUGGAGUUGUAUCUUAAACUGAACCGUAGACAUGUAUAUCAUUUGUGAACAACAGUCGCUAGUUUUAUGCAUUGGUUUUUAGCUUCCCAAACUUUGGGUUUACAACAUAGGUAGGUUUUGCAGCAAUUAAUAUGCACCCUACAAAAGCCUAAUAUGACAGUGGGGUAGCCUCGUGGUUAAGGCGUUCGCUUGUCACGCCGAAGUGCUGGGUUCGAUUCCCACAUGGGUACAAUGUGUGAAGCCCAUUUCUGGUGUCUCCCGCCAUGAUAUUGCUUGAAUAUUGCUAAAAGCGGCAUAAAAGCCAACUCGCUCACUCACUCACUGUGACAGCAAGCCUGGGUGUUGAAUCAUCCACUGUAUGCUUGGUAUCCUUCAGGUUUUCAGUAAUAUUAAUGUAAACAGAACAUGCGUGGAAAUAUUAUCCCUUACUGAUAUGCUGCUGUAGCUUAGAGUUACAGCUUUUUCCUAGAUAUUUUUUAACAAGGCUUCAGGACUUGCAUGCACAUCACAACUUUUCUUUAGAAGCAGGGACCGCUUCUGCAAACUGAUCUUAACACUGUGGCUUCCUAAGUCUGUGUAAAGGGUUGGUGUUAGAUCUUAGUGCUGCCAUCGGUUUGUGAAACAGGUCAAUGAGAAGAUCACGACUGUGUAGGUUUAUGAAACAGAGACUCCACAGUUCGAGCUAGAAUUGUUUUGUGAAAGGAUGUCUGUGGUCUCUCAUACAACCUGUGUUUGAAAUUAAGCAUGGAGUUCAAGGGAGUGUUGUCAGUACCGUAUCGUUAAAGGUUGAUGAUUCAUGGAGUCUCUUGAUGCAGAUUCCAUAGACAAGCUGAACUAGCCCCUUAAUUUCAAACACUUUUAACAUUGUGAUUGUUGCUGCUGUCAUAAAUCUGUUUGUGUGAGUUACAAAAAUUAUAGGAGUACUAUUGUACAGAUGUUUGGGGAUCCAGGUGAAAAUGGUCCUCGAAGGUUGAAUUCCAGUACAUUGAGCCUAUGGCAUAAAUUGUAUAUGUUAUUCAAGGUCAUUGAUCAAAGUUGUCAAAAAGGAUUUUAAGUUGAGGGGAUCUGAAGUCAACUGUACACUUCACGAAAUUGGGAUCCGAAAAUGUGAUGACUAGACAUAUUUUGUGCCUGUUGCACAUUGUUUGAAGGUGUUUUGUCAUUCCAUGUAUGUCUAGUCCAGGGGGUUAGACAUCAUUGCUGCCAGUGGGUGUAUCUAUAUCUUGUGUAUAUUAUAGAGAUAAUCAAAUAAGUGAACUAAAUGCUAUCAACUAAUCAUCCUCCAAUAAAGCAGUUUCUUCAAACA